GUUUGGGAUGGUCUCUCCCUCUCUCUCUCUCUCUCUCUCACCCUCUCUCUCUCUCUCUCUCUUGGUCAGUGUAGCUGAUGGUCUAUUCCCCUCGACAUUUCCAUGGUAACUGUCUUGUCUGAGGUCUGAGCCGCAGCGCGUGUGUGAGAAAAUGGAGAACGACGAGAAAAAACCGGACAGCAAAUACGGAGAUUCCAGGAAGUUUGAUCCAAACUUCAAGGGGCCAAUUCACAACAGGGGCUGCACAGAUGUCCUCUGCUGUAUCCUCUUCAUCGUGGCCCUGUUGGGAUACUUUGCUGUUGGAAUCCUCGCCUGGUCUCAGGGCGACCCCAGGAAGGUGAUCUACCCCACAGACAGCAGGGGCCAGUUCUGCGGACAAGCUGGAACACCUCUCGAGAAGAAGCCUCUUCUGUUUUACUUCAACAUACUGAAAUGUGCCAGUCCUCUGGUGCUGCUGGAGUUUCAGUGUCCCACCACACAGUUAUGUGUGGCAGGCUGUCCCGACCGGCAUCUUACCCUGGUGAAAGCCAAGUUAGGCAGCAAAGAAGACCGUGAUUACUACCAACAAUUCUGCAAGGACGGCGUGGACUUUGCUGAAAAGAGUCCUCCUGAGCUUCUGAGGGAUGGCUUGUGUCCAGCCCUGCUGAUGCCAAGUAAAGCCUUCACGCGUCGCUGCCUUCCUGCCUUGGGGACGUUGAAAGGCGGGGUGGUGGUGGUGGGCAAUGAGACCACUUUUGAUUCCGGUGAGGGCGUCAACAUCAAUGCGUCUGAUGUGCUGGAAGCAUCGAAGAAGUCAAAUGUGGUUGUUGAAGCUCGGCAGGUGGCCAUGAGAAUCUUUGAAGACUACACUCAGUCUUGGCAUUGGAUAUUACUUGGUCUGGUGAUAGCCAUGGUCGUCAGCUUAAUUUUCAUCGUCCUGCUGCGGUUCCUGGCGGGCAUCAUGGUGUGGAUCAUGAUCGUUUUGGUUAUUAUUGUCAUUGGAUAUGGCAUCUUCCACUGUUACAUGGAGUUUGCCAGUUUGAAGGGAGAACCCGGCGCUGACGUCACCAUCCGUGACCUGGGUCUGCAGACGGACUUUGCCGUCUACCUGCAGAUCAGACAGACCUGGCUGGCCUUCAUGAUCAUCCUGGCUAUUGUGGAAUUUGUCAUCAUUCUGCUGCUCAUCUUCCUCAGGAAGAGAAUCUUAAUUGCCAUUGCUCUCAUCAAAGAGGCCAGCAGAGCUGUCGGGCAUGUGAUGUCAUCUCUGUUCUACCCACUGCUGACCUUUGCCCUCCUCGCCGUGGUGAUUGCGUACUGGGCCGUCACUGCUGUUUUCUUGUCCACCUCUAAUGAGCAGGUUUACAAAGUGUUCAACAACUCCGAGUGCGAGUACUCACGAGACACCUGUGACCCUAAGACUUUCAACACCUCCAACGUCUCUGCUCAGUGUCCAGAUGCAGAGUGUCUGUUCGCCUUCUACGGUGGUGAGACCCUCUACCACAAAUACCUCAUUCUGUUCCAGUUCUACAACGUCUUCCUGUUCUUCUGGUGUGCCAACUUUGUGACGGCCCUGGGUCAGGUCACUCUGUCGGGGGCCUUCGCCUCAUAUUACUGGGCCUUCAAGAAGCCUGAUGACAUUCCCGCCUUUCCCAUCUUCGCCUCGCUUGGACGCGCCCUCAGGUACCACACAGGCUCCCUGGCCUUUGGCUCUCUGAUCCUGUCCGUGGUCCAGGUCAUCAGGGUCAUUCUGGAGUAUCUGGAUCACAAGUUGAAAGGUGCUCAGAACAAGUUUGCUAAAUUCAUGCUAAGCUGCAUGAAGUGCUGCUUCUGGUGUCUGGAGAAGUGCAUCAAGUUCCUCAACAGAAAUGCUUACAUCAUGAUUGCCAUCUAUGGGAAAAGUUUCUGCCCCUCAGCUCGAGACGCAUUUUUCCUUCUCAUGAGGAAUAUUGUCAGAGUGGCUGUUUUAGACAAAGUCACUGACUUCCUCCUGUUUCUUGGGAAACUCCUCAUUGUUGGCAUCGUUGGGAUCUUCUCUUUCUUCUUCUUCUCUGGAAGAAUCAAAGCAGUUGAGGACGCUGCUCCAUCUCUGAACUACUACUGGGUGCCAAUAAUGACGGUGGUUGUGGGAUCGUACCUCAUCGCCCACGGCUUCUUCAGCGUUUACGCCAUGUGUGUGGACACACUCUUCCUCUGCUUCUGCGAGGACUUGGAAAGAAACGACGGCUCGUCCGACAGGCCUUACUUCAUGUCGCCCGAGCUGCACGAGAUUCUCUCCAAGACAAAAAGGCUCGACGAGGACCACGACGGAGCCGAGCAGGCGGAUGCCGCGAAGCCCGUGGACGAAGUGAAGCUGGAGGAGGAGACGCCUCUUCAGCAGCAGAAAGAUGGCGAGAUCCAGCUGAAAGAGCAGCCGGCGCUGAAGCAGGGCAACGAAGAGGAGCAGCCGCUGCAGCCCAAGGCGGACGCCGAAGAGUCAAACGAGAAGAAGAGCGAGGAAGUGACAGAGGAGGCCGAGAAGAAAGAAGACGGUGACGUGAAAGAGGCGGCAGAAAAGGAGGAGAUAAAGGAGGAAGAAAAGAAGAAGGAGGAGGAGGAGAAGGCACCUCCAGCUGUGGAGGCUGAGAAAGAGGAGAGUGGUGAAAAGGAAGAGAAGAAGGACGAAUCUAAGGAGGAAAAACCCGCUUCUACACCACAGGAGUAGAAGUCGGGUAGCAGAAGGAGUGAGGCUUGGUAAAACCUCAUAAAGAAUGAAAGAACUGUACAGGUACGACGUUGCGAUUAAUGUUUUCAUACGACAAGCUUACGAUUGGCUGUGUGCGCGGUGCAGCUGGAUGAGGUGGUUGAAGGUUGAAGCAGGUCAAAAAGCCCAGUGCAUAUCUGUAGCUUGGAGAAAAAGAAAAAAAAAACAA